AUGCAUGAUACCAAUAACGGAAUAGAGCGACAAAACAAGAUCUUCAAAUACAACUACAUGGAGCAGAACCGAGAUCUUCAGGUAAAUACCAAUAAUGGAAUAGAGCGACAGAACAAGAUCUUCAAAUACAACUACCUGGAGCAGAACCCAGAUCUUUAUGUAAACACCAACAACGGAAUAGAGCGCCAAAACAAGAUCUUCAAAUACAACUACAUGGAGCAGAACCCAGAUCUUCAGGUAAAUACCAAUAAUGGAAUAGAGCGACAGAACAAGAUCUUCAAAUACAACUACAUGGAGCAGAACCCAGAUCUUCAGGUAAAUACCAAUAAUGGAAUAGAGCGACAGAACAAGACCUUCAAAUACAACUACAUGGAGCAGAACCCAGAUCUUCAGGUAAAUACCAAUAAUGGAAUAGAGCGACAGAACAAGACCUUCAAAUACAACUACAUGGAGCAGAACCCAGAUCUUCAGGUAAAUACCAAUAAUGGAAUAGAGCGACAGAACAAGACCUUCAAAUACAACUACAUGGAGCAGAACCCAGAUCUUCAGGUAAAUACCAAUAAUGGAAUAGAGCGACAGAACAAGAUCUUCAAAUACAACUACAUGGAGCAGAACCCAGAUCUUCAGGUAAAUACCAAUAAUGGAAUAGAGCGACAGAACAAGACCUUCAAAUACAACUACAUGGAGCAGAACCCAGAUCUUCAGGUAAAUACCAAUAAUGGAAUAGAGCGACAGAACAAGACCUUCAAAUACAACUACAUGGAGCAGAACCCAGAUCUUCAGGUAAAUACCAAUAAUGGAAUAGAGCGACAGAACAAGAUCUUCAAAUACAACUACAUGGAGCAGAACCCAGAUCUUCAGGUAAAUACCAAUAAUGGAAUAGAGCGACAGAACAAGACCUUCAAAUACAACUACAUGGAGCAGAACCCAGAUCUUCAGGUAAAUACCAAUAAUGGAAUAGAGCGACAGAACAAGAUCUUCAAAUACAACUACAUGGAGCAGAACCGAGAUCUUCAGGUAAACACCAACAACAGAAUAGAGCGCCAAAAUAAGAUCUUCAGAUACAACUACCUGGAGCAGAAGAAAGACCUUGGCAUUUCUGGAAUGGUCUCUGUCCUCAUCACAGAAUACCUGUGGCAGAUGGUGUCACCGUAA